AUGACACAGUCAAUGUCAGAACCAGAGCCACCAGAACACCCCCCACCAGACUAUCACAGUAUCCCACCACGCAGGCCACCAAUCGAGUGUAUCCGAACAUCAGCAGCCCCUCAGCCACCGAGCCGCUCAUCACAAGCCUUCAAAGUCAAUGGGACGAUCUAUGUCGCGGCUCAAAUAGCAGCCGCGCCGCGGGUGGGUUUUUUCAUUGGGCCGCCAGCCGUAACUGCCGAGCGGAUCUUUCUGAACAUUGAGGCGAUCCUCAAGGCGGCUGGAUCCUCGCUGGAUCGAAUUGUUAAAACUACGGUUUACCUCACGGAUUGCGCUCAUGGAGUCCCCGAGUUCGAAGCGGUGUAUCAGAGGAGACUUCCUUUUGCACCGCCGCGGACUACGGUGCUGGUUUCGAAGAUGAAUACGCCUGAUAUUCAGAUGGAGGUCAUCGCAGUAGAGUAA